GUAGCAUGGGCCGCACAUAAGUCUAAUCCUACUCCUUUGCAGAAGAGCGUUCCACCACCGCGUCCGACCGCCGACGCGACCGGCGGCGACCCUCCCUCUUCAGCCGUUCGCCGGACUUGCGGCCAGACUGAUCCCCUUCGCCGCCGGGAGCAAGAUCAGGCGGUGUCCGCGGCGGGGCUCGUCGGGAUCUGCCCCCAUCCAUGGUCGCACGGCGCCGCUUCUGACUGCUCCGCCCCCGCGUUGAUGCGCUGCCCGCGGCAUCGAGCCGCAAGGUUUUUGUCAUAUUAAUCAUGGUGCUUAGCAAGGUUGAAGUGAACUUGAUAAGGCUGCUUGAGGCAGCUCCUCGACAGCAGAACCAGACUAAGCUUGUCCAUUAUGUAACCACAGCCAGGGAACUGUUGGAGCAGCUAGGAUCAGAAACUACUCCAGAAGGGAUAUCAAGUGUAUCAAAAGCUAAGACAAGUGAGUAUUCAGAAAAGAUUGAAGCAUUGGCUGCCCGGCUUGCUGCUCCAGAGCCAGAAAAUGAAAUGCCAGUUGAUGAGAAUAGAGAGGUAGAAAGCUCUUAUGAAGGAGAUAAGCCAGGAAGUCCAAUAUCAUUAUCAUCAGGAUUACGUAGGAGACCAAUAGCUCACAACGUUGUUGGACCUAGCAGUCAUGAGAGAAAAGACAGAGACAUUGGAGCACCUAUUAAAUUGGAUGAAGAAGCACAGGCUCAUAUUGAGAAGCAUAGGAAGCUGCAAGAAGAUCUGACUGACGAAAUGGUUGAGUUAGCGCGCCAACUGAAAGAGAGCAGUCUCACCAUGCACCAAUCUGUUCAAGAAACAGAGAAGAUCCUUGAUUCCACCGAGAGAGCUGUCGAGCAUAGCUUGGCGAGCACUGGGCGUGCAACCACGCGAGCGGCAGAGGUAUACUCGCUGGCUUCCAAGACGACAUGCUUCCAGUGGCUGCUCAUCUUCAUGAUGACCUGCAUGUUCAUUAUGGUGGUUCUGCUCAUCCGGGUCACCUAAAAUAUUGUAAUUGGUGUUGUUUGAGACUGACUGAUUGAGUUUUGUAUUCAGUUGUGACAAUGAGCAUGAACGGAAACGAAGUAAAAAAAAAGUUUGGAGAACCUCUGCCCCUUGGUUGUCACCGCAA